CAAACGAGGAGCACACGUACCCCGCGCGGGGUAAUUCGGGGAUCUGGAGGGAAGGGAAAUAGUUUAUUCUGGUUAUUCCCGCGAGCUUCCGGAAUCCUGAUUUGUUGAGGGAGGGGAAAGGGUUCGGUGGAAGGGAGACUAAGGUAUCUUAGGUACCUAGGUACGGCGGCUCCGCGUUGGGGAUUGGGGGAUGGAGGGAGAUUUGGGGUCUGGGGCGUGGGGAAUGGGGGGAGGGUACUUCUUCCGGGGUUUGAGUUGAGAGGGGGGGUUUAUAAGGGGCUGGACUCCCGGGUGAUGAUGCUAUCUCUUUUCUUGUUUGUUUAGAAGAAAGCUGAAGAAAAAAAGCAGACAGACAGUCUAGUAUCGCAUCUCAUCUCAUCAUCAUCGCAAUGGCAACCACCCCCUACGCACCCGAAUGGCUCGAGGUCGAAGCCAAACUCGGCGGUCGCUCGGUCCUCAAAGGCACGUACGCAGAGCAGCGCGAACAGUUCGCAGGGCUGGGCGCGGCGCUGGGAUCGCUGGCUCCGCCGCUGCCGGAUGCUGUCGAGACGGAAGAUAUCUUGAUCAAUAAUGGGACGUUGAGGGUCCGGGUUUAUAAGCCGAAGGAGGCGGCGAAGGAGGGUUUGUCGUUGGGGGUGUAUUUCCAUUGUGGUGGUUAUGUCAUGGGGAGUAUCGAGGGUGAUGAUUAUCUCUGCCGCGCAAUCUCCAUGUCCGCAUCCACGGUCCUCGUCUCCGUCGACUACCGUCUCGCCCCGGAACACCCAUACCCGGCUGCACUCGAAGAUGGCCUCAGCGCACUCACCUGGGCCUACGAUAACGCCCCCACUCUCCACGCCUCCCCCUCUAAGCUAUACACCAUGGGCCAAUCCGCAGGAGGAACCAUCGCGCUCGCGCUCGCGCUGAAGAUCAAAGCGUCAGGGCAACCGCAGAAAAUCAGCGGCGUCGUAGCAUUGGGCCCGGCGACGGUGGCGCCCAGCGUUGUGCCCGCGCAUUUGAAACAUCUGUUUAAGCCUGAGGAGAAUACGGAUUCCGCGAUUAUAGAUGCGGAGGCUAUGAGCGUGUAUACUGCAAACUACAACCCCCCCCUAACCGCGCCCGACUUCUCGAUCCUGCUCUCUCCGGACCUCGCCAAGCUGCCCCCCGUCUACAUCGUCGGGUGCGGCAAGGAUCCCGUGCGCGACGACGUUCUGGUAUUCGAGCAGGAGAUCCGGAAGCUUGGGGUUAAGACUAAGUUUGAUUAUUAUGAGGGCUGGCCGCAUCUGUUUUGGAUCGUGCCUGGGGUCGAGAUGGGGACUAAAGCGGUCGGGAAUAUAGUGAAGGGGAUUCAGUGGCUGGGGGAGAAUAUGGGGUAG